AUGGCAAUCCUAAGCGCAUCUUCUUUGCCUAAUGAAAUAUAUUUAUCUAUUUUCGCUCAUCUUUCAGUAACUGACCUUUUAGCCGCUUCUUUAGUUUGUGAAAAGUGGCACGUUUCAUUUAUCUCUUUCCUCUUCUCUAAUCUUUUUAUAAAAUCUUCUCGUCAACUCACUCUACUUAAUAAAUACCGUCUAUUAAAACGUCAUUCUCAUUUAAUCCAUUCUCUAACGCUUUUUAAAGUACAUCUUUCAUCUCAAGAAAAGCAAUUGCUUUUAACUACCUGCAAAAAUCUUAAUAAACUCACCUUUAUAAAAUGCUAUAACCUUGAUUCGGAUUUCUUAAAAGACAUUUUAAGAAUUAAUAAGGAUUCAAUAGAAAUUUUUAAUAUCUGGGGUGAGCGAAAUUUUAAUAAUAAAAGAAGUGAGUUUAGCAGUACUGAAGUAAAUGAUGAACUAUUAAGUCCGAUGAUGGAAUUUUGCGGAAAUUUGAGAGAAUUACGCAUCUGUGGUGCUGAAAUCUCUGAUAAUAUUUUAAUUAAUUUAACUUCGUCUUUGGAUGAACAAGAAUCUUCGGGUGAAAAUCUUAUUUCUGACGCAAGAGAUUUCGGUUUGUCUCAAGAUUUAUUAGUAACUCCACCUGCCUCUCCUAUAUCAACUAAUACCUAUCCGCAUCUUCAUUCAUUGGAUCUUACCGAGUGUUUUAAUUUGACUGCUUUUGGAAUAGCUGAAUUAUUUUCUCCUGAUAAUUUACCAAGCUUUCAUUCUUUAAUACUUCAACACAAUCCACAGAAUGAAUUGGAUUUGGAAUUCUUUGAAUUUCUCGCUGAUAGUUUUAAAUCUCAUUCUUUUAAAAUCAUCAUCUUAAAUUCUAAGGGAUUUGAUGAAAAAAAUAAAAAGGUUUUUCACACUUUUGCUAGAAUUACUAAAGAUCUGGAGAUUCUUGCAACAAAGAAAGACAAUGUUAGUGUUAUUAAACGUGAAAAUGAAAUGAAUGAUUCAGAGAUUUUGCGUUCUUUUCGAAUAAGUAGUCCUUUUAUGGCUUGA